AUGGAAUUCAUCGGCAAGAAAUAUAAGAUGACCUCUUCGGAGAACUUCGAUGACUUCAUGAAGGCGAUUGGCGUCGGUCUGAUCACCCGAAAGGCCGCCAACGCGGUCACGCCUACUGUGGAGGUGCGACAGGACGGUGACACCUACGUGCUGGUCACGUCGUCCACCUUCAAGACCACCGAGGUGAAGUUCAAGCCCGGCGAGGAGGUUGAUGAGGAGCGCGCCGAUGGAGCCAAGGUGAAAUCGGUGUACACUUUCGAAGGCAACACCCUGAAGCAGGUGCAGAAAUGCCCUGACGGCCUUGAAAUCAACUACAUCAGGGAAUUCGGACCUGAAGAGAUGAAGGCUGUGAUGACCGUCAAGGACGUAACUUGCACCCGAGUGUACAAGGCCCAG